CGGAGUGACACUAACUACUCCACCAGCAGAAUUAGCCGAUUCACGCCCUGAAUUUAGAUGUUGCCCUCGUCACGUGAUGAAUGAACUAAAAACAGCUGAAUUUAAAAUGACCUAAAAUCUUUCUGGAAAUGAUUGUAUUAGUAGGUUGAUAAAAUUAGAUCAAAAUUGAGAUAGUUCACUCCCGUCUCCCUACUGCCUUGAUUUGCUGAGCACAGAAAUCGGACGGCGGGACGGGUAUUUACCGUAUUAUUCUCUUCCUUGAUCCUUGUUAAUAAAGUUGAAGCUGCUGCCUACUUACUGCUCUACUGGUACUGGCAGGGCAUUGUGACUUUCAAAACUUGUUUCCUAUUAAAAUUUGUCAUUUAUAGAAUAUUAUUAUGGCAGAUGUAUCAGUUGCUCAACAAGGUGCUGUGGCUGGAGAUGGAGCUGCUGAAGGCCAUCCACAAGAACAGGGCACUUCAAUUUGGUCCAUUGCCAAGGGAUUCUUGAUCCGAGCUCUGAUGAUUUACUUCAUUACCUCUUUUUUCAGAAGAGGCAGCACUCCUGAUGUUGGAAAAGGAUCUGUUACUGAAGCUCCUGGUGGUGCCAUGAGAAUACCUGCCAGCAAUCUUUUUAUUGACCAGACAAAAAUGGAUCUUUAUGUCUACCUCAGUCCCACGGAUGAUUUCUUUGAGUUCCCCACACAACUUCUGUGGCGCAAGCGAGGACUUGUUUAUGGUGACUGGACUGGUGGAGUGGAUGGCGAUGGAUGCUACUAUGGCAACAGUAGUUUUCCUACCUCAGAAGAUCUUCGCAAUAACGGGACUGCAUUUCUGCGUAUUUAUCUUGUACUAUCUGGCAAUGAUCCUAAUCCUGGAAGUAAGCGGUAUCGCAGCCAGAGCACAGUACAUGUUUCCCAUAGGCUAAAUAGAUACAUGAAGAGACAUUACAAGAAGACUGCCAACCUCAUCACGGGAGCAACAGAAAAAUCUGAAGAAGAAAUAAUGAAAGCAAAUACAGUGAAGUCGGAAGUGAUAUCCCACUGGCACCCCAACGUCACCAUCAACAUUGUGCAUGACUUCACCCAGUGGAUCCCUGGAGCUGUUCCCGCUCCUCUUGAACCUUACAUUGAAUUUGUUCCUGAUCAGCCGCUGUACAAACCAAUUAUUUUUGUAAACACCUACUGGAACCUGGUGCGCGACUACCAGCCAGUGAACAGCUCCACCACGACGUUGAAUCUAACCUUCACAUUCCAGCCUCUGAGUCUCUUCAAGUGGCAGCUCUAUGCCGCACAGAGCUCCAAAAACAAAUGGGGUGCAGCGAGCGGUCUGCUCGAUGGCUUGCAAGGCUCUGAAGAUGAUGAAGACAACGAUGCUCUCAAGGAGGCCAUCUUGGAGACGAACCCAAUCUUGCUGGUGCUCACCAUCGUCGUCUCCAUUCUUCACUCCGUCUUUGAAUUCUUGGCUUUUAAGAAUGAUAUUCAGUUCUGGAACAACCGACAGUCCCUCGAAGGCUUGUCAGUUCGCAGCGUGUUCUUCAAUGUGUUCCAGGCGCUCAUUGUGCUGCUCUACGUCUGUGACAAUGAAACAAACUUUGUUAUUAAAGUUUCUUGCUUUGUUGGACUGGCUAUUGAACUCUGGAAAAUUACCAAGGUGAAGGACGUCACCAUUAACUACGAGCAGCGCGUCCUUGGCAUCCCAACACUUACGUUAGCCGACAAAGGCACGUAUGUCGAGUCCUCAACAAAGCAGUAUGACCAGAUGGCCUUCCGGUACCUGGGCAUAGCGCUCUUCCCUCUGCUAGGUGCCUACUGCUGCUACUCCCUCAUUUACUACGAGCACAAAGGCUGGUAUUCGUUCGUGCUCUCAAUGCUCUAUGGUUUCCUCCUCACCUUCGGCUUCAUCAUGAUGACGCCUCAGCUGUUCAUCAACUAUAAAUUGAAGAGUGUUGCUCAUUUGCCCUGGCGUAUGCUCACUUACAAGGCCCUCAACACCUUCAUUGACGACAUCUUCGCCUUUGUUAUCAAGAUGCCCACCAUGUACCGUCUCGGCUGCCUCAGGGAUGACGUCAUUUUCUUCAUAUUCCUUUACCAACGUUACAUCUACCGCAUCGACCCAUCUCGUGUGAACGAGUUUGGCUUCUCCCAGGACAUGGAAAUCCAAGCCAAGCAAAAGAAGGAAAUUGCUGGCAAUGUUGGUGAACAAGCGGCUAUUGCCAAUGGUACUGAUGGCGACAACCAACAGCAGGAGAAAACGGUCAAGCCCAAGCCCCCAGGUCAAAAGAAGAAAGAUUAGAGCCACAGUUAUGAGUUCGUCUAGUCUAGCACUACAGCGACAUCUAACAUUGUCUGAUGAUCGCCGUGUUGUUACUCUUCAAUAUGCAGUGAUGUAGAAUUGUUGAUACUGUUUGUGGCAACCCAUCUGCAUACUUGGUGAACUGUAGAAAAAAAAUUGCAUUUGCUUCUGUUACAAACUUGUAUUUGGAGUUGAAUUCAUUUUAAGAUAAACAUACCAACUUGUAAAUGAUUUCAUCGAUCUGAUUUAUUUGUUAUAUUCAUUUUGUAAUUUAAUCUAUGGUAUUUAAUAUACCUCUUUUCUACAGUUGAGUUGGUCGUCUUUUAUGGUUAUGAUAAUUGUUCAAGAAAUUUCCUCUUACAUUAAUGUACAGCAUCUUGGCGAGUGCCGAAACAGUUUCUUGCGUCUCAUUUCUGAGAACACGCCUCAUAGUUUUUUUUAAAUCGUAUGAUGAAUUUAGCUUUUGAGUUAGAUGCCAUAAGUGUUGCCAGCAAAAAAAAAAAAAAAAACUGCUGCCUCUCAUUCAAAAAUGUAUGGCGUUCAACCUUUUAUCCACAAAGUUGUUAUCCAUUUGAUGUUCUUCGUAUCUAAAAAAAGGAUGGUUGUCGUUUGCAGCCAAAGUGUUAGUUGAUGGCUUGAUGCAAUGGUUGGGUGGAAGACCUGUAAAUAUGAAAGCCUGUGACAUUGUAACAGAGAGCUGAUUGUCUGAGUUUCACGACACGCCUGGUCAAAGGUAGACAUUUAACAUUUAGAUUUCAUUUGUACGCAAUUACCCUGUGAAAAUAUUUGUUUAGGUUGGCAUAACUAAUAUCACCUGAUGAAAUAAGCCCUCAUUAAAUGUAUGCUGCCAAUAAGUUAAUUCUGCUGUAUUUAAAUUGGUAACUUUCGCUGAUUCUGCUUAAAUUAUGAUGAAGUUAAUAAGCUUAAUGUCACCCGUGAAUCAUGGUAGUUCCUUCGUUGUAGGGUUAUUACGGUUCCAUGUUUUAUGAUUUAUUGUGUUGUAUGAAGCCUUUGCUGUCUGUGAACGUGUGAUGUUCUGAUUAUCUUCAUGCUCGUGACGUUGCGUACAGCUGUUGUUGAUCGUCUCGUGUUGGGCCGCCGUGUUCUAAGGUUAUCUGGUCGAGCUUAGCAUGGUAAGUGCGUGUCCCUGAAAGGUAAUGCAAUUUACAUUUAGAAAUUUCUGAAAAGUAGUACUAUAGUGUUAUGUCAUCAUGGCUGUGGAGAAUCGCUUUGGACUUGAUCUAUCCACUACUUUCUUCAUGUAACUUUCCACACAAACACUUGCUUCUGAGAGUUUAAAUUAGAGAAUCGAUCAUUUGGUUUCAUUCCAUCUGUAUUCAUUGUAAUUUCGGUCUUCGGAAGAUCUAAAUAAUUAAAAUAACUUCAGUACUGUCAUUUCCAAAAAUGAAAUAUUGAUGUCAAAGGUGGCAGUGUAUCACUUGUAGUCAAAUUGUUCGUUUCCUCCUUAGCAACCUUACUUUGAGUGGGUACGUCUUGCAUCACGUACGGAAGGUAUCAUACUCGUUUAUUUGUAUACUGGGUCACUUAUUAAAUUGUUGAUGCUACAUGCCA